AAAAUGUCAAUUAUUUAAUAAAAUAGCAUUUAAAUGUGUUUUUAGUGCUGUUCGUGUUAUUUUAGUUAAUUGUUUAAGUUUUAGAUAAUAUAUUUUAAUAAAGCCAACAGAAUAUUCUUUACGAUAAUUUUAUUAAAAUUUAUAAAUAGCAAUAAAAUUAAAUCACUUUUAAAAUGAGUCAAAUCAAGUCAUAUAUUGUAUUGUAUGAUAAAGUAAACGUCCGCUAUAUUUACAACACGAGUGGAAGUGCUAUUGUCUGGAGAAAUGUCUUCUUAUUCUUCGUGUUAAAUAUUUUCUAUUUGUAUAGUAUUUAUCACUCUCUCGUCAAUAAAUGUUGGAUUACUUGGAUUUUUGCGUUUUGGUACGGAAUGGCUGGAGGUCUGGGAGUGACGGCCGGUGCGCACAGAUUAUGGUCACAUCGUUCAUACAAAGCACGGCUACCAUUCAGAAUAGUUUUGAUGAUAUUUCACACAAUCGCCGGACAGAACGAUUUGCAUGAGUGGUGUCGCGACCAUCGGGUGCACCACAAGUACGCCGAGACGGACGCCGAUCCGCACAACUCCCGGCGGGGCUUCUUCUUCGCACACGUCGGUUGGCUUUUGACGCGAAAACAUCCGGACGUUAUCGCGAAAGGCAAACAACUCGACUGCUCUGAUAUACUCAAUGAUCCCGUCGUGAAGUUCCAGAAGAAGUAUUAAAGCGUGUGGAAUGCGAUGGUUGUGGCCGUCUUAAGAUACUGCACGUCUUUGCACUGCACUUGGUUUGUUAAUUCUGCGGCCCAUAUGUUUGGAAGUAAACCAUAUAAUCCCAGAAUAGAGGCGCGAGAAAACCUAUUCGUAUCGUUCGGUGCCUUUGGAGAGGGGUUCCAUAAUUAUCACCACGAGUUCCCAUUUGAUUACUCGACGAGUGAAAUGGGUUGGCGUCUAAACAUCACCACAAUGUUUAUAGAUGUGAUGGCACUUAUAGGACAGGCUUAUGACCGCAAAAAGGUGUCCCAAAAGCUUAUCGAUGAAAGAAAGCGUAAAGUGAUUUCAAAAGCAUUUUAAGUUUCUUAUGUUUUUAUAUUU